CUUUCAUAGAAAUGGCAAGUAUGUGAAGCAGUACUGCUCGCUUUUCAAUUGCUGUCUCCGGCACUCCUUUGCGACUCACCAUCCGUUCAAUCAUAUCAUCCGGUUGCCGCUUCUAAUCUGAUUUUUAGGGAAUCCGGUGAAGGAAUCAUGGGUCGAAGGAAGAUUGAGAUUGCACUUGUGAAGGAUCCCAACACAAGGCAGGUCACAUUCUCCAAGCGUAGAUCAGGCUUAUUCAAGAAAGCUCAUGAGUUGUCCAUUUUGUGUGGAUCAGAAGUUGCCAUUGUUGUGUUUUCUCCAGGGAACAAACCUUACUCCUUUGGCCACCCAAGUGUUGAUGCUGUUGCAGCCAAGUUUCUUGAUGAAGAGAGCAAUCCAAAUGAUGAUUCCCAAGAUGGUAGCACUAGUGAUGAUGACUCUUCUACUGAAGUUGUUGUUGAUGUGGAGGAACGGAAUCUACAACUUGCUGAUGUGAUGGCUCAAAUUCACAAGGAGGAAAAGAAGGCUAAGGAACUUGAUGAGACCUUGAAACAACUCCAAGAGGGUCAAGAAUUGGAUGAUUUGUAUGUGGAAGCACGAGGUAUGGUGAGAAAGCGUCUCGAUGAGUUUGAGGUAGCGGAUAGUAUGAUCCUCCUUUCACAGAAACCUGUGGAGGGAAUCACGGCAACAAAACAAGUUGCUAGAAAAAGAAGAAGAAAGAAUUGAUGUUUUGUAAUAUGUUUGCAUCUAAUUUCUCCCUUUUUGCCUGUAACUUGCAUUUUGCCAUAUGAUGGGAGAAAAUAGAAGUUGUGGUGAAUAAUGUGCCUUCUCUAUUGUUGAAUUCCUGACAUUUAAGAGGAAAUAAAAAUAAACUCAUUCUGGAA